AUGAGCCAGGCAGACAGCGACUCGGCAUCGCAUCACCCCAACGACCUACCUCCCCUCCUAUGCCAGGCCAUCCGAAACCUCGAAACACAAACGGAGAAGAAGAUAGCGACAGAGAAGGAACGUUGGUCCCAAGAGAGGACAGGUCUAGAGUCGACAAUCAUCGAUCACGCCACUGCGAAAGAGAACACUGCUCGACUGCUUGAGGAAACGGUCAGGAACAGUCGGUCCAAGAUGAGGUCCCUGGAAGAAAGCCUAAAGGAGAUUAACGAAAAGAAUCAACACCGUUCGGGAGAAAUACAGGCCCUGAGGGCACAGGUAAACGAUAAGAUUCGCCAACUGGAAACUGCUGAGCGAGAUGGUACGAAAGAGAAAGAGAAUCACGAGGAGGCAUUGCAGAGGGCUCAGGAGCGAAGAAAGCCAAUCGACAAUUUCAAGAAAGCGAUGAGGGCUUUUGACGGAGUGCAUGAUACUCUCUGGACCGCAAGAUGUCACAAGAAACCGAGAAGCGCCUUUGACACGAUAGAUAGGAAUCUCUCGGAAGCGAAUGAUAGUCUCGCCGAAGGGUGGGGGAGACCCAUGAGAUCGGAGUCUAAUCUGAAGCGGAUGAAAAUACAAAACGGCGCCGAUAUAGCCAUGAUGAAUACCAUCUUGGCCAUAGAUGAAAACGUCAAGUUGAUUCUCCAAGAUCCGUCAAAGGGCCCUUUUACGUUGCAUGGCCCAGAACAUCACGACGUCGUCAAUAUUAGCAGCAAAACUAGUUCAACCGAUGAUGAGCAGCUAGAGGUGUUGAGUCCCUCAAUGGUGGGCACAGAUCGACCAGAUCCUCCUCCUGCAUGGACCGAGAACGGAAGACCAAAUCCACUGGAAGGAGAAAGAGAUCUUCAACAGAAGAGAAGGGAUCGGAUGCGGGCGGUAGCCCACAUUCAAAAAGCCGACGACAUCGCAAAGAGACACGUUGUCAACAAGGCAGCCGGCCUAGGAAGCGGGCUGGCCGACACCAAGGAGAUGAGGCGAGAAAGUACGAGAUCAGUCCUUCUCUUUGGGGCAUUCUCAGACCACACGCCCAUCAUCAACAUGGGUCGUCACUCGUCAGUGCCUCUAGUUCUUUUAACACCCCUCCCCGGGCGUCACGUUGUUUCUACAUAUAUGGACCGGAAGACGUUUUCGGGCGCCUCGAAAAGCCAGUCCAAGGUCUUACUGGCGCUGUAUCCCACACAAUACCUCUGUCUCCUUGCGAUUUUGACAAUAGCUCUACAUUCACUGUUCUUUAUGGCCAGUGCGGGUCCAUAG